AUGGGGAGCUACAAUUAUUACAAGAUGUUCGGUUGUUUCAAUCGGAAGUUCAAGAUCAGCGAAUCGGAGCCGCCGCCGGACGUGAGGGAGGCGUUCUGGCGGUAUGCGGAGGGCUCCGAUCACAUGACGGCCGAUCAGCUCCACCGGUUCAUGGUGGACCACCAGCAUGACGUCGCGUGCACCACCAGCCACGUGGAGGCCGUGAUGCAGGCGGUUUUCAGCCACCGCCACCACUCGGACUCGAGGCGCCACCACCACCACUUCACCCUCGAGGACUUCUUCUAUUUCCUCUUUCAGGACGACCUUAACGGCCCCAUUAGUCCCACGGUGCACCAUGACAUGACUGCUCCAUUGCAACAUUACUUCAUAUACACAGGUCACAAUUCAUAUUUGACUGGAAACCAGCUCAGUAGUGACUGCAGCGAAAUCCCGAUCGUUAAAGCGCUCGAAAAUGGCGUGAGGGGCAUAGAGCUCGAUUUGUGGCCUAAUUCCGCAAAAGACAACGUGCAUGUACUUCAUGGAAGGACUCUAACAACUCCAGUGCCACUCAUGAAAUGCUUGAAGUCCAUUAAAGAGCACGCGUUCGUCAAAUCUCCGUACCCUGUUAUUAUUACAUUAGAGGAUCAUCUUACACCAGAACUCCAGGCUAAAGUGGCAGAGAUGGUGUCUCAAAUUUUCGGAGACAUGCUAUACUGCCCUGAAUCGGGUUGCUUGGAGGAAUUUCCUUCGCCGGAGGCCUUAAAACACAAAAUCGUACUCUCAACAAAGCCACCAAAAGAAUACCUCGGCACGAAUAUUGUUAACAAUAAGGAUGGAGAAUCUUCGUCGCCAAAGGAAAAAUAUUCUUCUGACGACGAGCCUGAACCACCCGAAGGUGAUGACAAGAGUGAUAGUGAUGAUGAAGAUUGCGAAAGCUUUAAUCAGAAAUCGGGGGCUGCUGCUCCAGAGUACAAGCGCCUCAUAGCCAUCCAUGCAGGGAAUGCGAAAAACAAGAGCUUGAGGCAAGUACUCAAAAUCCGAGGUAAUAAAGCCGUUAGACUUAGUUUGAGCGAACAAGAACUCGAAAAGGCUGCCGCUUUGUACGCUACCGAUGUAGUAAGGUUUACACAAAAGAACAUAUUGAGGGUAUAUCCUAAGGGAACGCGCGUGACCUCGUCGAACUUUAGGCCGAUUAACGGGUGGAUUCAUGGUGCACAGAUGGUCGCGUUUAACAUGCAGGGGUAUGGAAAAUCUUUAUGGAUGAUGCACGGUUUGUUUAGAUCCAACGGUGAGUGUGGUUACAUUAAAAAACCGGACGUUCUUAUGGAGAAAAACCGAAGCAACGAGCCCUUUGAUCCCAGUUUACCGUGGCCCGUCAGGAAAACACUGAAGGUAAUCGUGUACAUGGGAGACGGGUGGCGUAUGGAUUUCAGCCAUACGCAUUUCGACACAUUUUCGCCACCAGAUUUCUAUACAAAGAUAUACAUACUCGGUGUGCCAGCCGAUGAUGCUAAGAGGAAAACACGGGUAAUAGAAGACGAUUGGACUCCAUAUUGGGACCAAGAGUUCAAAUUCCCUUUAAGAAUACCCGAAUUAGCUUUAUUGAGGAUAGAAGUUCGAGAGUAUGAUAGAUCGGAUAAAGAUGAUUUUGGUGGGCAAACGUGCUUGCCCGUGUCUGAGUUGAGACCCGGAAUUCGAGCUGUCCCAUUGUACGACAAGAAAGGAAAGAAGUUUAAGUCAGUGAGGCUUCUCAUGCGGUUUCAGUUCGAAUGA